UGCUUGCUCUUGGCAAUAUCAACGAUAUGGAUUCGGAUGACGUAGAUCACUAUUACGAAGAAGUGGAAGAGAAUGAAGACAUGGAAGUAUUUCCCACUGCAUGCUUCAAAGACCUGUGCAUCGGUUUCGGAUUCUUCGUGCUCUGCGUCAGCAUUGCUAGCAUUGUAGCCAUCAGCAUCGUAAGCACGUAUAAGGUGGUGCAAAGAAUGGCAGUUAUCGAAGUCGAUCCCAUACCGUUCCGGUCGGUAAAUCACGGCAUUUGGCCUGGCUAUCGACAUGAAUUUUUCAACGAGCGAUUGCCAUACAGCAAGGCGGAGCAGGUGUGUCUAUCACGAGAGAAAGCCUCCCUCCUUCACUUCAACAGCCAAGAGCAAGAGGAUGCCUUUGACAUGUAUGCGUCAUUGAAUUUCUGGAGCGCAACAGAUUACCCGUCAUUUCAGUUAUGGACUUUGGGGAUCGUCAUAGCCAGGCGAGUUCAAGGAAAGCCCAAUGUCACUGUUUUAUGGCCGGAACCGACGCCAGAGUUGAGUAAUAUCCGCGAGUGUGCAGUUCGAGGAGAAGGACUCGUCAACGCCUUCGGCUUCCCUGAAAAGUUUUGGCAAGAGAGGCACAUUGUGAAAGAUUACAUAACGGAGAAUCAGCCAGAAAGUGGUAACACAACCAAAGCCCGGAUUGGAUGUUGGCAACACGUGAAGAGGAAUGAUUGGGUGCCGGAGAGUUUCUACCGUUUCGUUUGCCAACGCAAAAUUUUAUGAAUUUGAUCGUGUUACCUGUAGGCGUGUGACCCGUAAGCUUCAAAUACUUUUGUUUUCAUGACCGUUUUCAAAAUAUACAUGAAAAAAAAAAAAAAACGUUACUGUGAGUUCAUUUACAAUGACAGCAAAAAAUCCAUAAAUCAUUUUCCGUCAUAAUUUUGCUUGUCCUUUAUGACUUUGCGUGGUGUUGGUGCAUUUGCGGUUUAAGAGUUCCACCACAGGUACGGAAAAAACAUCGGAUAGAGCAGCUAUCAUGAGAAAAGCAUUAUUUUACACGUGUAACACUGAUGCAGAAUUAAAAUUCCCAAACUUGUUUAGAGUUGCACUGAACGUUAGCGAAGGACACAAGAUGGGUGGUCCAUGGAAAACAAAAGCUCUCUGGGUGUUCCAAGAUAUUUUCGUAAUCAACGAAAAACUGUUUGUUCACCUUGCUAUAGCGCAAUUUGAAUUCCUCGGUGAUUUACGUUUUACUACGACAGUUAAUUAUAUCCCAUUGCUUUUAU